AUGCGCUAUGAAACAAUUCCCUAUAGUAAACAGAAGGCUAAAAAUCGAAGGGAGAAACUAUCAGUGUUGGAACAAAAAAUAAAAAAAUACACAGCAAAAUGUGAUGAACAGCCUAACCAAGAAAAAGUGAGCGAACUGGAAAUCCUGCAAACUGAAUAUGAGAGACAAUAUGAAUAUAUAGCUCAAGGGGCAAUAAUCCGAUCGAGAAUAAAUUGGUACGAACACGGAGAGAAAAGCAAAUUUUUUUUGAAUUUAGAAAAUUAUGAAAAAAAAAAAAAGCAGUAUUAUAAAAUUAGUGGUCGCAAAUGAUGAAUGCACGACUGAUCCGAAAGAGAUAAUGACGGAGAUCCUGAACUUUUAUGGAAGUCUCUACGAUACAGGUUUACGUGAUUGCGAUGACAUAUCAACUGACAAAUUCUUUAAGAAUAGUAAUACUAAAAUGCUGACGGACGAGCAGCGGGGGCUUUUGGACAGCGAUAUUACAAGUAAUGAAUAUUUCGAAGCUUCGAAAAACUUUUCAGAAAAACAAAGCACCAGGAAACGAUGGUUUAAUCGUGGAAUUUUACCUCGGCUUAUGGCAUCUCAUAUGGAGGUGCCUUGUCAAUGCCUUACAUUUUUCUCAUGAAUAGGAACAACUAUCCUACUAUCAGAAACAGGCUAUGAAUACUUUGAUAGGAAAUAAAGACAAAGACAGACGUUUUAUAAAGAAUUGGUGAUCAAUCUCUUCAAUUGAUUUCGAUGUUAGAACUGCAUCCAAAGUAAUUGCAAGAAGGCUAGAACAAAUUCUACCUUAUCUGAUCCACCUUAACCAGAAUGGCUUUAUUAAAGGGAGAUCAGUUGUGGACGGAGUUCGAACGGUGAAGAUGUACUUGAAUUUGCCCAAUUUACAGGUUGUUCUGGUAUGAAAAAAUAUAAUUUUGCAACAUACUUUCUUAAGUGGAUCAAGACGUUUUAUACUGAUGUGUCUAGCUGUGUUCUAAACAAUGGUUUCACUGCUGAUUUAUUCCCAGUCAGAUGCGGGGUUAGGCAAGGUGACCCAUUGUCACCUUUGCUAUUCAUCCUUGCUCUUGAAGUGCUCGCCUGUCGAAUUCGUGAAGACAAUGAAAUUAAAGGUAUAUCAGUCAAGGAGGAAGAAAUCAAACUAACCCUUUUUGCUGAUGACAUGACUUGUUUCCUUAGAGAUACUGUCAUAUCACCGUUUAAUGGCGACUCUGGAGUCGUUUUCUAGAUUCUCCAGCCUCCAGGUCAAUAAAGAUAAGACUGAAAUUUUUGCAAUUGGUAGCCAUCGUCUUGAUCAAAGCAAUUGUCCUUAUAAAUUGCGAACUUCAAUUAAAAUUCUAGGAAUCGUUUUUGACUAUAACGUCUCAUCGAGGAUGAAAGCGAACUUUGAAGCAAUUUUAAAGUCUAUCAAAAAUACAAUAAAUACAUGGAAAUGGAAGCGGCUUACGCUUCUGGGAAGGAUACAGUUUGUUAAAUCGUUUAUUAUCCCUAAAGUCUUGAGAAAAGCGUCGUUGAUUACAGUCACAGGCGACUUAAUCAAAGAAGUCAACAGUCUGAGGUACUGUUUUAUUUGGAAAGGUAAUGAUGAAAAUAAACGCGCCGCUCUUAUCGAUGAUAUCGAGGAUGGAGGGCUUAAGAUGCUGGAUAUUCAGUCGAUGAUCCGCAUACAGAGGGUGAUGGUAUUAAAAAGAUUUACAAAUAAAGAUAAUAACAGCUCUUGGAAAAUAACAUUGAAUUACUUCCUUUCUCAGGUAGGGGAGAAUUUAUAUUCUUAAGUAUAAUUUGAUACCAGACAGUUACCUAUCUACCUUCCGGCCUUUCAUAAGGAGUGCCUGGACGCUUGGUCCAUGUUAAGGCAACGUUCGAUACUUUCGUAUAAAGAUAUAGUUCACCAGGUGAUAUGGAACAAUAAAAAUAUUACUGUCCAAAAGAUCUCACUUUUCGAAAAACACUUGCUUUCUAAAGGAAUUGUUACGAUCAGUGAUCUCAUUCCCGACAAUGGAAUCUUCUUAAAGGGUGUUAAGGUGUUACAUGCAAAUUUAUCUCCGAUACAACAUUUUAAGUUAAUGAGCGUCGUGGACGCCAUUCCUCGCGACUGGAGGCGUGUUAUUAGACAAAGUGCCCAACAUCUCCCUUCUCAUACAAAAUGA